AUGAGCACCACAAAUGAUAACUACGCGAUCCACAAGGUUUCUUUGAAGCGCACGCGUCAAGCAUGUGGGCCCUGUCGUCGGAAAAAGGCUCGCUGCCCCGGUGAAAAACCGGUCUGUUCGUUAUGCCAGCGAUUAGGGCAGCACUGCGAAUACGGGGCCCAAGCGGCAAUCGGUCGAACUCGAGUCCGGAAGGAAUCAACGAGCGUUGGAUUGGACAUUGAUGCCGAUGAGCCCCAAGAGCACAAUGGCUCAGAUGCACAUGAUACACGACGCCUUCGGCAAAUUGAACAAAGGCUCGAAGAAAUCACUUCUAUGCUUCAUGACCGCUUACCACAGAGUAAUAUACCGACGGAACGUCUGAGUGGAUAUCUUCCUCCCACCAGGGAAAACAUCCAACCUGAUGGCGUGACGAUUACUGGCCCGAUUGAUCAUCCAAUCGCUCAAGAUGGCAUCUCUGCGAGUGACACAAUGGCAUCCUCAUUGAUUCGGUCUGAGGUGGAGGUUUACUUGAGCCACUUCCAUGAUCAGCCCUAUUGCGUGUUUCCAAAAAACUGGCUUUUACAGAAUGCGAGCAACCUAUCGCCAGAAAUUUCAUUCCCACUCGUGGCUCUCACGCUUCGUCUUUCCGUCAAUUCGCCUGGUUUGUUUGGGUACAAUAUUUCCACAGGAAAGCACUGUGCUGAACGCGCCUGGGAGAUCUUAUCGUCUCACCACCAAAAUGGUAGAACUGGACUCUCAUUCCUUCAAGGAAAUUUCCUCAUCGCCCAGCUGGACUUGGCGGAUGGAAAUUCCCAUAGAGGGUGUUCAUCGGUUGCACUUGGACUUCGCGUGAUACAGACCCUUGGUCUGAAUCAGGGAAAGAACCUAUCAGGCCUGAGCCAGAUAGAAGUGGAAUCAAGGAGGCGAAUUACUUGGGCAUAUUUCAUGCUUGAUCGCACCUACAAUGCGUCGCGGAAUUAUUCAUUGUGCCUUUCUGACACCCGCUUCACACUUGACUUCCCAUCUCGAGAAGGAGAAAGGACAGGAUUUCGUGGGUCUCUUCACGAAAAGUCUAUCAAACAAGGCCAUAGAGUCGACCAGGGAAUCAUGGCCUGUUUACUUCGUCUCUAUUCGCUUUGGGGGAAAGCCACGGAAUGGGUAUUUGAAUCUUUGCCAACAUCCUCCCUUCCACCAUGGCAAAGUGGAUCUGCUCUGGCGAUACUGGAAUCAGAAUGGAUGCAAUUCGAGACCCAGUUUGCUGACACCCACCGUUAUAUGAAUGUUGAUUUCAAACGACGUGCUCGCGACCAGCCACAGUCUCGGUCAUAUCUUCUUACCUGGCUAUCCGUGCAAUUCUUGUUUCACUCCAUUCCGUGCCUACUUCACCACCCCUUUGUGACAAUGAUAAAGCUACGGCACAUGCCCGGAAACCUGUCAGCAACAUUUCUUCAAAAGUCUUUCGAAACCUCUUUGAUCCAUUCUCGAUGGAUUUCGAGGUUUAUAAGAGAAAUGGCCGAGGUAGAUCUCCGAUUAUAUGACCCGUUCUUUGGAUACCUCGCUGCGAUUGCUGCGACAAUUCAAUUAGAGCAUACGGGUAACAAGAACCCCAAAAUAGCACUUCUUUUGAACAACGAAUACCGAGAUCUCGUUGCUUUUAUGACUGAAAUGUCUACCGAGUGGGAUAGCAUGAGAAUAUUGGUUAAUCGAUUGAAUGAGUUGGCCGCCCGGCAUCAAGACUAUGGAUCUCUUUUCUACAACCAAGAGGGAUUUUCCGGGGCCUUGUCAAGUAUGGCAACCCCAUCCAAUCUCCCGCGGAUGUCUUCCCAGGAUGAAUCUUUGAUGUGGGACAUACUCGACCUUACAUCACUUGGCUUCAAUAAAACAUUGGAGAUCUCGGCAAUGAAACCUCGCCCCGACAACGAAGUUUCAACAGAUGAAAACGAAAUGUCCAGAUCCUCGUCCGACGAGGACUUGGAAGAGGAUGUCGAGCCGCUGAAUGUUCCCACUCACAAGACAUCUAGACUUGGCGAAGAGAUGUCAGAACCGGCAGAUGAAAUGCCAGGGCCCGAAUGGCCAUUCUCCAAUCAAACUGGCAAUAACUCAAUUGGAUCCGGAGUACCCGAUAUCCCUGAUUGGAUGAUUUUCGGGGAUCUGAUGACGGAGCAUCUGUAA